GGAUACAAAAGCAAUUGUAGUUAAUAAAUAACAUUCUGCCUGUCCAAGGGAUUGCAGUGUUAGAAUACGUGAUACAAACGCAAAUAACCCUUUGUUACAGGCUAACUUUAUCUUAAAUACAUGUUUUCCUUUGUUUUUGUUUUUUAAUUUAGUAAGUGGCAGUAAGAUGUCAAACAGAAAGGGCCCUCCUGGGUCUCAGCCUUUUAUGAGGCGUCCAGACAACACAGCUUUUAAACAGCAGAGGCUUCCAGCCUGGUCUCCCACCCUCAAAGCGGAGACUGUUCUGCCCUUCUUCUUCCUGUGUGGGGUGGCCUGCAUUAUGAUCGGGGUCUUGCUUAUUAUAACAGCUGCUGGAGUCCAAGAAAUUAAAGUGGAUUACACAGAAGAAAGAGAUUGUGCUGAUUGUUAUUCUCUCCGCCUAGACAGAGCAAACUCGAUAAUUGAUUGUGCGUGCACUGUAUCCUUCUCGCUGUCAGAAGCAUUCAAGGGUGAUGUGUUCAUGUACUACGGAUUAACAAACUUCCACCAGAAUCAACGGCAUUACAUGGUUUCCCGGGACAAUGCACAACUGGUGGGGAGACAGUAUAACUUGAAGAAUCCAAGUAUCAGCUGUUUUCCAUUUCACAAAUAUAAGAAUGAAACUCCUACCGCACCCUGUGGGGCUAUUGCCAACAGCAUAUUCAAUGAUACUCUUCAGCUUUUCUACCACUCUGAUAAAAACACUGAAACACCAGUUCCAUUGCUGAAGACUGAUAUUACAUGGUUCACUGACAGAACCGUGAAAUUUCAAAACCCAUCACCCAAGGACAAUCUUACUGCUGCUUUUGAAGGAACGGCCCGCCCCUUUUACUGGAGGAAGCCUGUGUACCAGCUCAGUGUGGAGGAGAACAACAACGGAUUUGUGAACGAAGACCUCAUUGUGUGGAUGAGGCAGGCGGCCUUUCCUUCGUUUAAGAAGCUUUACAGGCGGCUGAAUCGCACACAGGAGUUCAACGAUGGCCUUCCAGCUGGGAACUACAGUGUUAAAAUUUCCUACAAUUACCCUGUGGGCAAGUUCAAAGGCCGAAAGUCUGUGAUUCUCUCCACUGUGUCCUGGCUGGGAGGCCGGAACAACUUCCUGGGCAUAGCCUACUCUGCAUCCGGCGCGAUCAUCCUGAUAGUGGCCAUCAUCCUAACAGUGGUUCACCUGAAAUUUCGGGAAAAGUCUCUGGAUCUAGAGGAAUAAACCCUACUUUCCAGCAGCAGCCUGCUUAGACGUUUUUGUGUUUGUUCGUAAUACAGUUAGUAAAGAUCCACCAAACCACAUGGGAAUGAAAUAACAUGUAUUACAGAGGUACAGUAUGAAGUGAGGGGUAAAGUGGAUGACGACCUACCUAAUGUGAUUACGUAAAGAGGUCCGAAAUGAGACUGUGACUAUUUAAAACCAGUAACAAAAUGAUCUAUAGGACUUUCAUACUUUUUUCUUUUGGAAUUGUCAUGUAAGAUUGUGUCUGUUUGGUCCAGUAGAGUGAUAUAGAAAUGUUUGUAUUUUUAGUUUCUGAUAAAGUGUUUUGAAGUGUGGAUUAAACUGUUUUGUCCAUUCUCCCAUAAACCACCCUAACACGGCCACCAAACAUUAACAAAAAAAGAAAAAUAGUUUCAGUACUUUUUAAUUUUUUUUUAAAUGUUAUAUUUUAAGAAAGACACGCCUGUUGUGACUUUAAAAAAAAAGACAUGAUCCCAUUUCUUCAGCACACUAUAAAUUAUUGUUUCUUCUGCUCCAGCACACAGACGUGGUUAUAAGGGGCUGAAACACAGCCAUCAAACCAUUUGCCCAUAUACCUUGUAACAUGGGAUUAGCAAAAGAUUUUAGGGUGGCACUCAACAAAAAAAUUAUUUUAUUUAUUUUUUAACUAAGAGAAGUUGAUUGUUUUGGAGCCUUAAAAUUGUCAUGCAAGAAUAAAAUUCUCUGUAAUUAUCGUUAAAACUAAAAUUCAAGUUAGUUUUUG